UACACAACCCUGAUUAUAACGACACCAACAGCAAUGGCGGGUGCACUAGAAAAUUACGUGAACACGGUCCAGAAUUUAUCAUCACAGGGUAACUUUGCCCAGCUGUGUGAGUUCAUUGGUAAGAGUGCAGACAUUCUAGCCAAGAAUGCAAGUCACCUGGACAAUGUGUUGGCCACACUCGACAUUCAGCAACAUUCCCUGGGAAUUCUUGGAAUCCUAUGUGUGAAGUACAACAUGGCAAACAUUCCUGAUUUUGAGACAUUAUUUGUACAAACUCAGGAGUUCAUCACCAGCUGUAAUGGAGAACAUGUGCGGUAUGCCACAGACAGUUAUUCAGAUCUGUGCCAUAAGCUGACAGUAAACCUGGUUGAGCAAAAACAGCCGAUGAGAGGGAUAAGCAUUCUGACUAAGUCCAUCAGUAAAAUCCAGUUGUUUGAGUCUCAGCUUACCUCCAUACAUGCCGACCUGUGUCAGCUUUGUCUGCUGUCUAAGAAUAUGAGACCAGCUCUGCAGUUCCUUGAUGUAGACAUCACAGACAUCAGUAAAGAGGGAGGACAUUAUGAUGCGAAGGAUUUCCUACUUUACUACUACUACGGAGGGAUGAUCUACACUGCCCUCAAAAACUAUGACCGAGCACUAUAUAUGUAUGAGAUUAAUGCCCUCAAAAACUACGACCAGGGACUAUGUAUGUAUGAGAUUGUUAGUAUAGAAUGCCCUCAAAAACUACGACCAGGCACUAUGAAUCCACUAUGUCAGUCCUACCAUGACCUGGCCUCUACAUAUGCCACAAACAACCCUGCAGAUCUACACACAACCGUCACUAAGCAUGUGGAGGUAUUCAUAAGG